AUGGGAUCAACUGCUAAGCCGGCCGCCAUCAACACCGUGGUAGUGCACCCACUCGUACUGCUCAGCGUAGUGGACCACUACAAUCGCGUGGCCAAGGACACAAAGAAGCGCGUCGUGGGCGUGCUGCUGGGCGAGACCAACAAGGGUGUCGUUGAUAUCACCAACAGCUAUGCAGUGCCCUUCGAGGAGGACCCGCGCAACCCCAAGAUCUGGUUUGUUGAUCACAACUACCACGAAAACAUGUUUGCCAUGUUCAAGAAGGUUCACGCCAAGGAACGAGUCGUGGGUUGGUACAGCACUGGCCCCAAGAUCAGGCCCGCCGAUCUUGACAUCCACGAGCUGUUCAGGAGAUACACCCCCAACCCUGUCCUCGUCAUCAUCAACGUGAAGCCCACAGAAAUCGGUCUUCCCACGAAGGCCUAUCUCACCGUGGAGGAAGUCUCCAAGGAUGGCACGGAGUCGAAGAUGGCGUUCCAGCACAUUCCCUCUGAGGUGGGCGCCGUGGAGGCGGAGGAGGUCGGCGUGGAGCACCUGCUGCGGGACAUCCACGACCCGUCGGUGAGCACCAUGGGCUCGAACGUGAACGCCAAGCUGCUCGCGCUCAAGAGCCUGGUGGAGCAUCUGAAGGAGGUGCAGGCCUACCUGAACAACGUGUGCGAGGGCAAGCUGCCCAUCAACCAGAAGAUCGUGGGCCAGCUUCAGGACAUCUUCAACCUGCUCCCCAACCUCAACGUCGAGGAAAUGAUCCGCAGCUUCGCCGUCAAGACGAACGACAUGAUGAUGGUCAUCUACCUCUCCUCGCUCAUCAGGUCCAUCAUCGCUCUCCACAACCUCAUCAACAACAAGCAAUCCCUGCGGGCUGCCGAGGUGGGCACGAAAAAGGUGGACAAGGAAGAGGACAAGGAGAAGAAGGGGGAGAAGGCCGAUAGCAAGGAGAAGGAGCCCAAGAAGACGGAAGAGGGCGCCAACAAGAAGGAGAAGAAGUGA